GAAAUCAUGGACUAGUCUUGUGGCAAAGCUGGUGAUGAAUGCAUAUGAAAAAUAGAAAUAAGUUUAUUAUCCUGCUUUUGAAAGACAUUUAUAAGUGUAGUAAGUAGUAAGACAUUUCAUAAAAUAUAAUAAAUAAAAAGAAGGGAAAAAAAAAAUGUCCACCAUGUUUUCAAGGAUCAGAUCCUUUUUGAGUCGUCACAAAAGGAAAUUUCUCAUAGGGGGAGCUGUUGUUGGAGGUGUAGCCCUUCUAAGCAGAUAUGCAGAGUACAAGCUUUUACAGUGGCAUGAACAGCAAACACGAACAAUGCUGGAAAAGCAGAAGAAACAUCACCAUUAUGAAAAUACCCAGAGAACAGCAAAUGCAACAGUCAUGAGCUUGGCCGGUAGCAUGAGAGAAGUCGUUUGUCGAGAACUAGAUACAGAUGCACUCUUGCAAGCAGUCCGUGAUCAGCCUGAACAUAAACUUGCCAUUUGGGAGCAGUUGAAAAUAGUUGGGUUUAGUCGAGCCAUAAGUGUUGUAUACAUAUCAAGCUUAGUAGCUUCAGCUAUACGUGUACAGCUAAUGAUACUUGGAGGUUAUACAUAUGGAGACCUGAUACAGUCAGGCCAUGCAGGGAUACCAGUUUCACAGGCUCUUCAGCAAAAAUAUCUUGCAGCAGUCCAUUAUUUGGUGGAAGAAGGUGUCCCUAGACUUGCUCACCAUGUAACAAGAGCUGUGACUCGUAUAGUUACAGGGUUGCCUUUGACUCGGUCCCUCACCCUUAGCCAGCUAGAAGCCAUAUACCAGGAGGUUAGGUUAAGUCUAGCAGGGGAAAGUGGAUCAACAGACACUACUCUAGAGGGAACAUCAUGCAAGCUUGACCAAUGGAGUAAAUAUGUCCUUAAACCCCCAGUUGCUCCAGAAGAAGAUGGAGAGGAAAGGGUCCUCUACAAUAUGCUAAUAGAAACCAGUGAUGUUAUAGAUAGUGAAGAUUUCAACAUAGUUGUGGACACAUUAAUACAACACGGUUUCAACCACCUCCUUGAUCGUGUGGCAGAUUUCUACCCUAUGUCAAAGUCAGACUUCCCAAAUUUUGGUUCUGAGAACUGGGUUGACAACAUCAGUAGAGAUUCGACCACAGGCGUUGCUUCAAAUGGGGAGAGGAAUGAUGCCAGUAGGAAUUUUGUAGCACAAAAUAUAUCAAUUCUCAAUGACUCAGUUCUUCCUGUGGCAAAGUUGGUGCCAGUAUUCUCUGGUUUAGUUCAUGCAGCGCUCUCCCCUGCUCCUGGACAACUGCUUCAGAAGAUUCUUAUUGACAGCAAAUUAGACACACUUGGAGCAAAUGUUUAUGAAGCAUUUGCAGUGCCUUUGGGACAAGGCAGAGAAGAAAGGUAGUAUUAACACUAAACUUUAAAUUUUGUGUGAUUAGAUAUUUUUCAGUGCUGCUGCUGUGGAACAAAAAUAUGUCUGUUUGUAUUUGGAAGUAUAAUACUGUAAGUAAUUUUUGUUCUCCAAGUUGCAGGUGAAAAAAUGUUGAAACAAAAAAGUCUGGGAACGUUUUUAGUAAGAUAUACUUCAUGAAAGAUACAUGACCACCAUUAUAAGAUAUAAAUAUAGGUGUGCAUUGAUAUAUAUAUAUAUACAUGGUUAAUAAAAUUCACCAACACAAGA